GUUCGCAACUAUUCAACACAAGAAGUAGUUGUUGUUAGACUUGGUCAACACGAUUAUGACUGAAGAGAGUGCUAUCCAAUGCAGGAAGUAGAACUAGUGGUGUCUGUGAGUCUUGUUUAAUUCAACAAGUAGCGGCGGUCAGAUUUGUUCGACACAGAAUUUCUUUAAUCCUUUCGACACCAUUGUAGCUUGCAAAAGAUAGCAUCAUCAAUGGUGGGACAGGGCCAAGAACGGGCGAUUGGGAUCGAUUUGGGGACGACGUAUUCAUGCGUGGCAGCAUGGCAGCACGACCGCGUUGAGAUCAUACCCAAUGAUCAGGGCAACCGCACCACGCCGUCUUACGUGGCUUUCACCGACUCUGCUCGUCUCAUCGGUGAUGCCGCCAAGAAUCAAGCCAAACUUAGUCCUACUAACAUUGUUUUUGAUUCAAAAAGGCUGGUUGGUCGCAAAUUCAGUGACCCAACGGUUCAGAAUGACAUGAUACUAUGGCCAUUCAAGGUUAUUCCUGACCCCACCAACAAGCCUGUGAUAGUUGUAACCUACAAAGGUGAGGAGAAGCAGUUUUCAGCUGAGGAGAUCUCUUCAAUGGUGCUCACCAAGAUGAAGGAUAUUGCGGAAGCAUAUCUUGGAUCAACCGUCAAGAAUGCUGUUGUCACCGUGCCUGCUUACUUCAACGACUCUCAGCGUCAGGCAACCAAGGAUGCGGGAACCAUUGCCGGUCUUAACGUUAUGAGGAUCAUCAAUGAGCCUACUGCUGCAGCCAUUGCAUAUGGCUUGGAUAAAACUGCUAUUACCUUCGGGGAAAAGAAUGUGCUCAUUUUCGACCUUGGUGGUGGCACAUUCGAUGUGUCUCUUGUGACGAUUGAGUGGGGCGCAAUAGAAGUGAAGGCUAUUACUGGCGAUACUCAUCUUGGAGGCCAGGACUUCGACAACAGGAUGGUGAAUCACUUGAUUGAAGAGUUGAAGCGCAAGCACGAUAAGGAUAUUAGUAGGAAUUCAAGAGCCAUUAGGAGAUUGAAGACUGCUUGUGAGAGGGCCAAGAGGACCCUUUCCUCCACUUCCCAAACCACAAUUGAGAUUGAAUCGUUGAUUGAUGGCAUUGAUUUCUCUUCGACUAUCAGCCGUGCUAAAUUUGAUGAACUUAACAUGGAUUUAUUCAGGAAGUGUGUGGAGCAGGUGGAGAUGUGCUUGCAGGACGGUAAGGUGGAGAAGAGCAGCGUCCAUGAGAUUGUGCUGGUGGGCGGGUCGAGUAGGAUUCCUAAGGUGCAGCAGCUGUUGCAGGAGCUGUUCAACGGGAAGGAGUUGUGCAAGAGCAUUAAUCCAGAUGAAGCUGUGGCAUAUGGUGCUGCCGUGCAAUCUGCCAUGUUGAGUGGCGAAGGCAGUGGCAGGGUACGAGAAUUGGUUCUUUUGGAUGUUACUCCAUUGUCGCUUGGUACUGAUGUUUAUGGAGAUGUGAUGAGUGUAAUUGUUCCGAGGAAUACAACUAUCCCUACAAGGAGGGAGAAAGGAUUCACCACAGUUUCUGACGAUCAGACCAGUGUGGAUGUUAAGGUAUACGAGGGCGAAAGAAGUAAGGCAUCAGCCAACAAUCUGCUAGGGCAGUUCCUGCUCCAAGACAUUCCAGCUGCUCCCAAAGGUGUUGCUAAAAUCAAUGUGUGCUUCCACAUUGACGACAACGGGAUCAUGAAUGUAUCAGCAGAGGACGAGGGGACCGGAGUGAAGAACAAGAUCACCAUCACCAACGACAAAGGUAGGCUGUCCAAGGAAGAAAUUGAGAAGAUGAUUCGAGAUGCCAACAAGUACAAGAGGGAGGACGAGGAGCAUAAGAUGAAUGUUGAGGCGAAGCAUGCUUUGGAGGACUACGCCUACAACACGAGGAACGCCAUCAGAUGUGCAGCCAAUAUCGGAGCAGGCGACAAGAUGAAGAUGGAGGAUGCUUUGGAGUCUUUAGCACAAUGGUUGGAGUUAAACGAACUUGCAGGAGCAGAUGAUUUCAAAGACAAGAUGAAGGAGCUAGAGAGGAUUUGCAAUCCCAUCACUGCCAAGAUGUACUCUGCUAGUGCCAGUGGUGCAGGCCCCAGUAUUGAAGAAGUGGAUUAAGAGAUGCAUAGUUUUUUUGGUUCCUUCUCCUGUCUUGGCUGUUCAACAACACUCAUGUCUCCUAGCUCAUCUUUGAUUUCAUGUAAAAAUAGAUGAUGUCUCAACUGCAAUUGUGCAAAUAUAUCAUCUUUCUGUCA